CCUAUUCCUCCCCCUCCCUUCCUCUCUCUCUUUCUCUCUCUCUCUCUUCCACUGCAGCAGACGGAGGUUUUAUCUGAGCGAUGCAGACGAUGAGAGGAGGAAAGAUUUGAAGACACACUGGAGCAGCAGGAGAACAGAGGAGGAGGGGGAGAACAGAGGAGGAGAACAGGAGAAGAGAGGAGGAGGAGAAGAGAGUAAGAGGAGGACAGAAGAGGAGGAGGACGGGAGGAGCAUGAAUGGAGAGCAGCUGUAACUGAAGCUGGUGGGUGGAGCAUCAGCUGCUGAGCCAGCACUUGAUUGGUUGUUGGUGAUGAUUGCGACCGGCGGUUUGCUCAGGAUCAAUGCGCGGCGACAGGACUCGCUGAGGUCCAAACCACACCGAGCACAGGCACUCAAGAAGAAGGCCAAGAACAAAAGGAGGAGCGAGGUGGUGGUGGUGAAGGGGAAACUGAGGCUAUGUUCGGUCUCAGGUCUCGUGGCGGCGCUUGGCGUCCUGGUUCUGCUGGUGGGCGUUGUCAUGGCGACUCUGGGCUACUGGCCUCAGGACGGAUUCUUCUUCAGCUCUCACCCAGUUGAGGGCGCCGCCAUGGCCUCGGUGUCUCUGGGCAGCACCACAGCCUCACCUGUGGUCGCUCAGGAAGGAGACAGGGACGAGGAACUGGAAGGAGACAAAGCUCAUGGAGGCGAUGAAGGUUUCAACGACACAGAGAACCUCAAUGGAACAACCCGACAGCUUCCACGAAGGUUUCUGGAGGACUUUCUAGAAAGGUAUCUGUACUCUGAUAGGCUGAAGGUCUUCGGCCCUCUCGUCAUGGGGAUCGGGAUCUUCCUCUUCAUCUGCGCCAACGCCGUCCUGCACGAGAACCGAGACAAGAAGACGAAGGUCAUAAACCUACGGGACAUUUACUCCACCGUCAUCGACCUCCACACCCUCCACAGACCCAACACCUCCUCCACCUCCGGGGCCGCCCGCCGCCCCUCAGCCAAUCCCCUCAACGGCCUCAUUAACUACGUCCAAUCAAAGAGUCUGGAGACCAGGCCCAAGACGUACCCCGCCUCCCUACUGGACAGGAGGUCGCCAAGGCAACCUGACAACAGUGGAGGAGCAGGGGGAGGAGGUGCAGUCUUCAGUAUCCACCAGGAGCAGCUACAUGCUCCUCCUCCUCCUCCUCUCUCCUCCUCCUCAUCCUGCCACAGCCUGUCCCUCCCCCCCAGUUUCAGCCCCCCACACCUCUCCACCUGCUCGACCUCCCUGGAGAAGGAGACUCUCAGCUCCUUCACCUUACCCCUCCCCGCCCCCCACAGGAGGUGCUAUGCCUGGGCCGGGAUCAGUCAGGGCAAGGAGGAGGAGCCACGAAGGGACGGAGGAGGUGUCCGACAGGAUGAGGAGGAGGAGGAGGAGGUGUUUGAAUGCCCGUGCCCCUCCGAAAGACGAUUUGUUUCAUCAGCCGCCUCCUGCAGCUCCUCGAAUCUCCACAAGGAGGCACCAAGAAGUUCCCAGGGUCUCCUCUCCUCCUGCUCCCUCACCCCCACCGACCUCUCCUUCUCCUCCCUGUCUCACCUCGUCUCCUCCACCUCCUCCACACUGACUCCGCCCUGCAGGAGGCGGAGCCUGCCCAGCAGGUUACAGCAAACUGGUGACGGGCGAAUCAUUUAAGACGACAGAAGGUGGGGUCAGAGGUCAGAGGUCAGAGGUCACAGGAGGACUGGAAAGGGAAGUCGGCCAAUCAGAAGUCUGUGAUUAACAGGACAAGAAUGUCCCUUCAGGAUCAUAAACAGGACAGAUGAUGUCUUCCACGUGAGAGACAGCACAACAAUAUCCAAUUUGGGGAUAUUUUCUGAAAACUGUGGACUUUUCAGGGAGCUCAAGUUUCCUGAGAAAAGUGCCAAAAGAAGCUACAAGAAUAAAAAACACACAACAACAACAAUAUCUAGGCCAACUGCAUUGGCACAUAAUAAUAAUAAUAAUAACAAUAAUAGUAGUUAUAAUGUGUUUAGGUGGUCUAUUUGUGACUCAAACACCCCCGCUGGAUAACUGCUCUCUGCUUUGUUCAGGACAACAUUCAUAUUUAUCUUGGUUGUAACUAAACUGCUUCAAAAAAAAAUAAGACAAGAGUUUCACGUGUCAAAACAUGUUUCCUGGAACUACUUUCCAUGGCGGAGGGAUACAGAAGACUGACUGAGCACCCACACAGUGACUGACCUACCACCACCUGACCUACAUCACCUGACCUUCCAUCAUGUGACUGACUGUCACCUGACCUGCCAUCAUGUGACCUACCAUCAGGACACGUUCAGUCUCUGUGGUGUUCGACAGUCUGUCCAUAAACUGAUAACGUCAGUUUGCCUUCAGGAAAGUGGAGGAUCCUCCAGACUCGGUUUUCUUUAACGUGAAACCUGUAGCUUCACACCGUCUUCCACUGAGAGCUGAGUCUGCUUCAUCCAAACAGCACAAAUCAGAAUAAAGCACAUCAACUAAACUUGUCUUUCUCUGACUGGUGACUUCUGCCUUGGUCUGGUGUGUCAGGUCUAGUGUGAUACUUUGCUCCAGACCCUCUUGCUCCUGCCUGAUCUUUAUUGAUCUCAUAUGCAAUAAUAUACGUCCUGUUGCUUGUGGUCUAUGUAAAAUGAACGCGUCCCCGAUGCAGCCACAUUAACGUUGAUAGUAUUAUAAUGACGUUACUACUGCUCAGACUGUAAAGUUCUUCUUUAUUUUAAACACAAAGCUUUGGUCUCUUAGCCCUGUGAAGUCUGAGAUUUCAAAUAUUUUUUAAAAAGUUCUCAUGGGAUCAUUAAAAUAAAAAAAUAAAAAAUAACA